CUCCCAGUCUCUCACAGGAGUUCACAGAGAGAAAUUCUUCUACGAGCGCGCGAUGGGGAAGAAGAACAAUAGUUCGGGGAAGAAGAAGGAGAGGGCGGUGAACGUGUCCGGCAAGCCCCGGCACUCGCUCGACGUCAACCGCCCCAAUGACAAGAAGGGCGCGGGCGCCGGCGGCGGCGCCGGGGGGAGCCGGUCCGCGGCCACCGUGCGGCGGCUCCAGAUGUACAAGCUCAGGCCCAAGAGGGACCGCGGCGGGAAGAUCGUCAAGCACGACAUGCAGUCCAAGGAGCUCCCCAACACACGCAUCGAGCCCGACCGCCGCUGGUUCGGAAAUACACGAGUGGUCAAUCAGAAAGAACUUGAAUUCUUCAGGGAUGAACUCAAGGACCGGCUUGCAAAUAACUACAAUGUCAUAUUGAAAGAACGGAAGCUGCCGAUGUCGCUUCUGCAGGAUCAUCAGAAGGAUGCCCGGGCGCACAUUCUUGAUACUGAGCCUUUUGAGCAUGCUUUCGGACCAAAGGGAAAGCGGAAACGCCCGAAGCUAUCCAGUCUCGACUAUGAAUCUCUAAUAAAGAAAGCUGAUGAUUCUCAAGGUGUGUUUGAGGAAAAGCAUGCUUCAUCAAACUUACCAAAGGAUGAAGAAGAAGAUGGCUUACGAGAUCUAGUCCGGCAUAAUAUGUUUGAGAAGGGACAGAGCAAAAGAAUAUGGGGUGAACUUUACAAAGUUCUUGACUCGUCAGAUGUUGUAGUGCAGGUUUUGGAUGCCAGGGAUCCAAUGGGCACUAGAUGCUACCAUAUCGAGAAACAUCUGAAGGAGAAUGCCAAGCACAAACACAUGGUAUUCUUACUAAAUAAGUGUGAUCUAAUACCUGCUUGGGCAACAAAAGGGUGGUUGCGUACUCUAUCAAGGGACUAUCCUACCCUGGCAUUCCAUGCAAGCAUCAACAAGUCAUUUGGAAAAGGAUCUCUUCUUUCAGUAUUGCGUCAGUUUGCCCGUUUGAGGAGUGACAAACAAGCUAUAUCCGUUGGAUUUGUUGGAUAUCCCAAUGUUGGGAAGUCAUCAGUUAUCAACACAUUGCGCUCCAAAACUGUUUGCAAGGUAGCUCCGAUUCCUGGAGAGACGAAGGUGUGGCAGUACAUCACCAUGACUAAAAGAAUCUUCUUAAUUGAUUGCCCUGGGGUCGUGUACCAAAACAAAGAUACAGAGACUGAUGUAGUUCUUAAGGGUGUGGUACGUGUGACUAAUUUGGAUGAUGCUUCUGAGCACAUCGGGGAAGUUCUUAGGCGUGUAAAAAAGGAGCAUCUACAAAGAGCUUAUAAAAUACAAGAGUGGGCUGAUGAUAAUGAUUUUCUCGUCCAGCUGAGCAAGAUGAGUGGAAAACUACUCAAGGGCGGGGAACCUGAUCUGACAACAGCGGCCAAGAUGGUACUUCAUGACUGGCAGAGGGGCAAGAUCCCCUUUUUUGUGCCUCCACCGCAACAGAACGAAGAUGGUCCUUCUGAGAUUACUGAACCUGUCGAGAGAUCUGGUGAGGAAGCAGUCAGCAGUGACCGGACUGCUGCUGCCAUGAAAGCCAUUGCAGGAAUUAUCUCUUCACAGCAAACUAUGAAUGUCCCCUGCCAGAGGGAAUUUGGCAGAAAUGCUCAAGAUAGUGAUCUCGCGGAGCAAUCAGAGUAGGUGUCUACGUUAUAAUCAUCCUUUGUAGAAGACUGAAACGAAGGAUACAUACCAUAUUUGCUCAGCUUCUACUGUCAGACGGGGGUUGGGAAGGGUGCUUAUCCUUUGAUAUGUAUUUUUCAUGUUACGCAGAGUGUUGGUAGCUACAUCAAAACCAAAACAUGUUUUUGUGUCGUUCACCGCUAGUUUUAGUUGUGUUUUGCGUACUGCUACAUGCAAACACUGAGAAAUGAUAUACUCGGUACUUCUAUUUUGUUCAAA